UAACAGACAUGGGGCUUCGCCUGCGGUCCACGCCGGCUGCUCGCCACAGGUAGGUGCGAGCGACCCUUCCUCAUGACCGGUGCGCCCGUUUGCAGCCUCAUGGACGGCGACCUGGUGGCCGUGUUCCGCAGCGACCUGCAGCAACACCACGGCAUGCGUCCGCGGCCGCGGCACCCGUCCAGCCUGGCCUGGAGCAGCUCCACGCCAUGGCCGGCGCACGAGCAGCAGGGCCGCGCGGCGCGCGCCAGGGCGGGCGCCGGCACGCAGCCCGGCGGCGGCUGCGGGGAGCUGCACUGGGUCGAGACGGCGCAGGAGUACUGCCAGAGCUCCUCCCUGCACGGCCUGCGCUACGUGGGUGACACCGGCAUCUCGCCAGUCGAGAGGUGCUUCUGGAUCGUGUCUUUCGCACUGGCCGUCAUCGUAGCGGCCUACUUCAUCACCAACAUCUACCAGCGCUGGGAGAACAGCCCCGUCAUCAACUCGAUGUCGCCGGUGGCCACGCCCAUCUUCGACAUCCCCUUCCCGGCCAUCACCAUCUGCAACAUGAACCGCGCCCGCAGGACCAUCGCCGAGGUCAUCAAGAGCGGCCCGGCCCGGAGCCCUUACAACGCGCUGCAGCGACGCCUCCUCAGCGACAUCUGCGACGACAACGACUACAGCUCCACGACGAACACGAGCGUGGACGAGGUGGACCGCACGUCCGGCAACUGGAGCGUCGUCAUGGGCUUCAUGAUCAAUGUGACGCAACCCUGUCACGAAAUGCUGCUGACGUGCAAGUGGCGCAACCAGCCGGUGGACUGCGACAACGUGUUCAACGCGGUGCUCACCGACGAGGGCAUCUGCUGCACGUUCAACCGCGUGCGCAGGGACCUCACCUUCCGCAACCCGCGGGAGCUGAGCGACCUCAACAUCACGUUCCCCUACCCGUCCGCGGACUGGACGCCCGAGACGGGCUACCCGGAGACGGACAACAAGGGCUCCGUGCUGGAGACGCCCUGGCGGCCGGUGGGCAUCGGGACGCACCUGGGGCUCACCGUCAGCCUGGACAGCGAGAUGCACGACUAUUACUGCUCUUCCACCUUCAGUGCGGGCUUCAAGGUGCUGCUGCACAACCCGGUCGAGACACCCAAGAUAGCUGCAUUUGGCUUCCUCGUGGAGCCCGGCACAGAGAACCGCGUGGCCAUCUCCCCCGUCAUCAGCCACACGGCGCCCUCGCUGCAGACCGUGUCGGUGGACAAGCGCCAGUGCCUGUUCCAGCACGAGCGCAACCUGCACUUCUACCGCACCUACACGCAGCGCAACUGCAUCCUGGAGUGCGAGGCCAACUUCACCCUCAGUCACUGCAAGUGCGUCGCGUACUACAUGCCGAAGGACAGAUUAACUAGAAUAUGCGGCAAGAAAGAUGAGCAGUGCGCAAAUAUAGCAAGGGAGGCAAUGGAACUCCGCCUGGCAAAUUCAGCUGCUAAUCUUACUCAAUUAAAUAUAAGUGAUGUGCCAUCAUGUCAAUGCCUUCCUGGUUGCAGUGAGCUUUCUUACGUUUCAAGUUAUUCAAGCAGUCAUUUUGCUCCAACAUACACACCAGAAAAUGAUGACACAAAAUCUCCUAAAAAUAUUGAAUAUCUUCUGAAAAAUUCAGCUGUAAUUCACUUCUACUUCACAGAAACUCUUUUUGCCAGCCGAUUCAAAGGUGAACUCUUUGGUUUCACAGAAUUUCUUUCUAAUUCAGGUGGAAUACUGGGUUUGUUUUUAGGAUUUAGUUUUUUAAGUGUAGUAGAGGUUGCCUAUUUCAUCUCGUUGAGGAUAUACUGCUCAUGGUCACGUGCAAAACAUGCUGUUCGGUCAAAAAUAACAAAUCGGAAGAAACUAAAGCUAGAGGAUGAUGAUAAGUCUGUGGCAGUAAUAGAUACUCUUCCAUAUCUUCAGUGAAUUAAUAGCUUAGGCUAAUAAAUAUUGAUUAAAAACCAACAACUGGAAAUAAACUUGAUAUUGUACCAUACAACUGGAAAUGUAACACAAAGGCAGUAUGUUCAUGACAAUACUUUUAAAUUUAAAAUGUGGCAACAAUGUGCUAAUUUGCUGGGUUGUAUGAACAAACAAAUAUAAGUGACAGUUCUUAAUUCAACUUCCUGCUGAAGAAAAUGUCUCAACUGGCUUCAAAAAACAAGAAACUAUUAAUAUUGUGUCAAGCCCAAUCAAAAGAUGCUUUGAGAAUAAGAAAGGCAAGGAGAAAACAGGGAGGGUGAUUCUCAAUCAAUCUCAUUCAGAAAGUUAUUGAUAAACGCGAAGGGAUAGCCGCAAAAUCAUAAUAAUAACAAACAUAACCUGCACCGCUGAUUAAAAGUUGAGCACUGAGUUCAAGAGUCGUCAAGCCAUUUCUCUGAGUCCUCCAGCGAUCAAAUUGAAUAAAUGAAAUACAUGGAAAAUGAUGGAUACUCUUACCUGACCCCAAGACUAAUUUGCAGCAGGUAAAUGAGGAUUUGAUUGUGUUGAAAAUCCUGAUGAUGCUUCUGGUUACGCCGCCAUGACACUUUAGUCCUUACAAUCAAACACACGGCAUACUUGACUAUUUUUCUGAUCAAACAAUUUUUCCUAUCGGUACCUGCUCCUGCUAUAUUUUUCAUAAUCGGUGCAGAUUGUAGAGUUCAGUUGGGUCGUAGUCAAACAUGGCGACCUUCUCGCGUUCUGUCUGUUCCCGUCAUUUUCGAACAAUCUUUACGGUUUGCAAAAAUGAACAGCUAAACCCAGUAUUUCGAAGGGUCAAUUUGAACCCUUGUCGAUCAAUCUCCGGCCAUGGCGCAGCUCCCAGGCCCGUCACUGCCCAAGGUAACUUGAUAGUGUAUGCCUUGGGUGGGAUAGCCGCCGGCGUUGCUUACACAAUUUGGGAAGCGAAAUCCAAAGACUUGUCGCCAGUCUCGAAUGAUGGUAUCAUGAAACCAAAAAUUAUUGAUGGACUUCCGCCCUACCCACCAGCACGCAAGAUUUCCAUCCCUACUGACAAUAGCGGUCUUCAUUUAGUACUGUACCAGUAUCCUACCUGCCCUUUCUGCUGUAAAGUACGAGCAUUUCUAGAUUAUUACGGUCUAUCUUAUGAUGUAGUGGAGGUGGAUCCAGUGCUAAGAACACAGACU